AUGAACCUUGGAUUGUCACCUGGAAGUCAUACCAUAAAGUACGCAGAUAAAUGUCUCAAGCGACGUCUACAGAAGCAGCAACGCCAACAACUUCCAUCAGUUAAAAGGCGCAGACUUGUUCUGAAACAGGAGCGUUCGAUUAACCAGGGAGCUCUUGAAGCCUUAGAAGGUGUUUCAUAUCAAUCUGAAGUUAGCCAUUCCUCCAGUGUUGAUAUUGAGAAACUUCCAGAUGCUGUCCCGCGUGGCAAUUUCAAACCCGUGAAAGUUGAAAGUGGACAACCUACAAUCAUAGCCAUAGACCUGGAAACUACAGACCUGAUACGUGGUUCUGUUAUGCCACACAUCACACAGCUGGCAGCAGUGGAGGUAAAGUCUGGUGCCCAGUUUGCAGUUUACACAAAACCAAAGAUGGCAGUUACAUCUGAAGCCCAAAGGGUAACUGGAAUAUGUGUUGAUGACAACGGCGAUAUAGUUGUGAAUGGAAAUCUGGUAGAGUCUAUUCAUAUUCAGUCUGCUAUUGAGAAACUGUGCAGGUGGCUUGACCAGUUUUCCAAUGUGUUUCUCAUUGCUCAUAACGGAAGGAGAUUUGACUUUCCAAUUCUCAUGACAGCUGUACAGAAAACCAAAACCACAGAUGUCUUUUUCAAAUCAGUAUUUGGCUUUGUCGAUAGUUUGUCUGUGUUUAGAAAGAAGUACCCUGGAGAGUCAUUAAAACAGGAACACCUUGCACGACAACAUCUUGGUAUGACAUACAAUGCCCACAAUGCAGAGGCUGAUGUUGAGGCUCUUGGACAUCUUCUAAAACUAUGUGAAGUGUCUGAUCUCCUAAACUUCAGUUUUUCUCCUGUGGCUGUGAAAAAUUCUUUACUGUUCAAUUGUGAAAAAUCGAAAAAUCUGCGCUCCUUUGAUCCAUUAAUAAGCAAGGGGAUAUGCAAACGUCCUACAGCAGAAAACAUUGCUGGCUCUGGUUUGAAUGUUGAACAUCUGAAAGUUUAUAUUAGGCGAUCAGGUGAAGAUGGACUUAGAGAUACAUUUACAGCUGUAAACUGCGAUGGCUUACCGAGAGUAACAAACUCAAAAAAAGUUCUGGAGGAAACUGUUCCCAAGUUUUGUCAGUAUUUUUAUCAAAUGUACCUUCAUAGACAUAGGUACUUGUAUGAAUAA